UUACAGAGGACAACAGGCAUAUUUAAAAUACAUUUUAUCAUAAUAUGUUCUUAGAUAGAUGCCUCUUUGUACAACAAUUCUAACAGAACUCAGAUGAUCACAUUCACGCUAAGCAAAUAUUUGAGGCAGGUGAACGUACUUCCUAUUUUCUUCGUCUUGCCUCUGAGAUCAUAAAAUCUCAUUUUGGGCCUGUUGGGGCUGCUGGAAACAUUUGGUCAUACCUAAGUAGGGGCGAUGCUCUUAUGUAGCAUGGCUGUUAUAGGUCUGCCAUUGAUUUUCAUUCUCUUCUUUUUGGUCUCAGUAGCAGUGUCCUGUGAUGUGUCUAAGCUAACUGGCAGUUUUGUUCAGUUUGACAUACGCAAUCAGGGACAUCAGUUUGAGGAAUUGUUCUGGACAUUUAAUGAGAAUAAUACCAUAAUAAUAUAUUAUGAGGAAAACAGAAAAACUAAGCUGUACUCUGCUUAUGAAGGCAGAGUUGAAUUCAACAAGGAAAUCCACAGUCUAAUACUGAAGAACCUGCAGAAGAAUGACAGUGGACUCUACAAAGCAACAGCAACUGGUGAACAACAGAAGGAAGUCGCUGAAUUCAGAUUAUCUGUUGUGGAUCCAGUGGAGACUCCAGUUUUUAUUCUAGGUCCUCAGCAGCAGAACAAUGACACCUGUAAUGUCACUCUUAUCUGUAAAGGCCGUGACCACUCAAUCACCUCUAGCUGUGAGGAAAAGGAAGUGAUCUCAUGGGUUGAUUUUGCCCUUUCCCUGUCAGUCAGUGGCAGUUUGGCCAUCUGUAACCAUAGCAACCCCGUCAGUUGGAAAAACACUUCUGUGGCGAUGAAUCAACUUAAACUAUUCUGCUAUCUUGAAGAAGAUAAAAAGCAAGCUAAGCACUUUCAUUUGGAUUGGUUUGGGCUUGUUCUUGGAAGUGUCAUUGCUGCCAUCAUUCUGAUAGCCCUGUUUAUUGUUUAUGAAAGGCUACGCAAGAAAAAUAAAACAGGUUCCCUACAAUUUUAUAACACGACCACUACAGUUCAGAACAAAGAUGAAUCACCAACAGCAUUCAGGAUUUUACAGAAACCAGACCCUCCUUCUACCGUGUACAGUACUGUGCAGAAGUCAUCACGACCUCCCAGUAGUAGUGAAAACAGCCAGAACCCUCCAAAUCCUGAACUGAUUACUGGACAGAGACAAGUGAGUCUGGAAAGACCUGGCACACUUCCAAUAACUAUCUACAGUGCUGUAGGAUGUUCCAAACCUGAAACCAUCUAUGCCACGGUGAAGAAGACCAGGAAUCCUGCACACAACACCUAAAUGAAUGAAACUACUGCUCUGCCUCAUAUGGCUUGGAGAAUCCACAUAUACUGCAGACUGUCUACUACAGCUGACAUAAACAUGGUGUUCAACCCAUUAUGGCUUCUGUAGCUGCUCCUGUAAUUGUGCGUGACAUUUUUAGCAUGUACUUGGAAAAUGAGGACUACUUGAUUUAUUAAGUAGUAAAUGAAGACGUUUGAAAUGUGAAACAAGAUGAAGUUGUUAUUUUGAGCACAAUUUGUAAAGUUAACUAUAUGCCUACUAUAUGUUUAUGGUAUAAAAUAUUCAGGAACUGCAAUUUCCAGUUAAGACCAGUGAGUCCACACUAUGAUACAUAAGAAAAACUAGUUUAUGCCGAAGUUAUCAUUUAUUUUUAAUGUUCCUCUGUAGUAUUACACAAUCAGCUUGAAAAUAAAUACAAAUUGAGUUCUCCUUUAUAAUCAAACAAAAAUGUUUAAAGAAAUACAUUCUCAGCUGAAAUAACCAAUAAACAUUCUUUGGUCCAUAAAUCCAACAGUCAAAUCUUUAUAAACGUUCCUACACUGACUGGCACUUUUAUUAGGCACCCCUUCCUGACUGAAUCACUUUAUAGAUGCAGUUACAGACUGUAGCCCUUUGCCACUCAUAUGCUAGUGGACGCUGUGCUUGUUCAGGUCUGUCUGGAGCACUGCUAGAAUUUUGGCACACGUCAUGGUCGACUUGAAAGAUACCCUCAACUAAACAGCCAACAGCAGAAGGUUGAUCAGAAAUAGACUACUCUUGAAUGGGUAGAAGAUGACUAACCCAAUCUGUACAUGGUUACAUUUGAGCUUUAGGUUAUGUUCACACAGCAGGUGUAUGUGAUCCAAAUCCCAUCUUUUCCUCCAUAUGUAACAGAUUUGUCAUUUGGGCUACAUUUACACUGUAAAUUACAUUGUUUGAUGGAGAUUUUUUUGCUGAGGUCAGAUCUUGAUGGGUAACUCAGGACAGGCGGUGUCUCUCAUGCUGGGACCAGGAUCGGGACGGACGGCGUCUCUCAUGCCGGGACCAGGAUCGGGAUGGGCGGCAUCUCUGAUCCUGAUCCUGGGAUCCUGAGAUGCUGCCCGUCCUGAUCCUGGUCCCAACGUGAGAGACCCUCCGGACCUGCUGCUGCUGAAGGCCGCGCCCCUGCACCCGGUUUCCAUGCCUGCUUCUAUUCCACUGCCUGUUCCUCAUCGUGCCCGUUUCUGCUCCCGUGUCUCAUCUAAGUCCUGUCCCUGAUCCGCAUCUUGCCCGUUCUGUUCCUGUUGGUGUCUCGUCGCAGUCCUGUUUUUGCGCACCCUGGUGUUGCACGCUUUAGGGUGGAGCACUGUCACGAGCAGUCCCUCCCAGUUUCCAUGUUUUCCCUGACUUGUGUUUUUUUGGCUCCAUGCCUUAGUUUCAU